AUGCGAACAACAUUCAUUGUCUUAUCGUUGCUCCUCUUGACCGUAGCUGUCUUUUCCCAACCAGGUCCACACGGUGGUCCAAAUAGAGAUGGUGGUCGAGACGGUGGCCGAGACGGUGGCCGAGAUGGUGGCCGAGACGGUGGCCGAGAUGGUGGUCGAGACGAUCAUCACAACAAUGGACGUGGACCAUUCGGUGGUCGAGACCAUCACAACAAUGGACGUGGACCAUUCGGUGGUCGAGACCAUGACAACAAUGGACGUGGACCAUUCGGUGGUCGAGACCAUGACAACAAUGGACGUGGACCAUUCGGUGGUCCAGGCAAUAGACAUCCAUAA